AGAAGUCACCUCAUAUAGGUGUAGAGAGGGAGAAAAGGCUCCUGCUCAUCAGCCAAUCAGCAUCCAGAGAAACCAAGAGACGACAUCAGCAGCUAGACCAGACAUGGCUCUGUGGGGUGACGCCAAACUCUUCCUCUGCAUCCUCGUCAUCACCUGCUGCUGCACUGUGACUGUGGCACAGAUGGCACAGGACUGCUGCUUGCGCGUCGCCAACAAACCGAUCGAGCAACCCCAUGUUGCAGACUACAGGAAGCAGAUCGCCGGAGAGGGCUGCCAUAUUUCUGCCACAGUGCUUGUGACCAGACGUGGGGUGAGCCUCUGUGCGCCUGAUAAUGAACAGUGGGUCAAUGAGCUGAUGAAACAUGUGGAUCACCUGAAGGAUAUGUGCAAGAAGCGCAUCUACAAGCGCAGACGCUGCUUGGGAGUGAAGUACCAGUAAAUCAAACUUGGACCUGUUCGGCCACAUUGACAGCCCAGAGUCAUGGAGAAUAUGUAGAUCAAACCACUGAACGAGUAGUCUAGAACAACAGAGUGAUUCUUCCGGUUAUUAAAGAGUUUUUCCCUGUUUUAUCGUCACUUUUGUAAAAUUCUGUUCAUUUGAGUUGCAAUAAAUAGAAAACAACCUGAAGGACUUAUUUUUUUUUUAUUUGGUUUGUGUUUUAGAAGUCUGAGGUUUGCGCACAAAACCCAAAAUGUGAAUGUUUUGAGUGUGUUGUUCGCUAAACUAGCUCAUAACUCAGCCUGUAGCAGUUUAUUAGUUGUAUGGAUUUAUUUGAGUGUUGGUCCUUUGAAAAUAAAACCUAUUUUUUUUCCAAAUUCUGA